CUCCAUUUGAAACUCAGUCAUUUUCUCCUUUGGGCCUCUGACGGGCUGCCUCUUUUCUGCUUUUAUCUGAAUUGAAGAAUUGUACCAUGCCAUUGACCGCGCCCUCUUAUACCGGGCGUCAACUUUUGCAUUUGCCUCCUACUGCCGGUGCCUUGGCCGACUUUUUACACGCAUAUACGCCUAAAGACACCCCGCUUCCCGAGCCUACUGUCAAGCGAUUCCCCGAUUGCACGUAUCAUUCUUACAAGCCACUAGGCAUUUCUUUCUGCUUCACGCCUCAGACCAAAGGCGACGAUAGUACCCUUCAGCUAGAUUCCAUUGAUAUCUAUAAUGGACACACACGGGACGGUUUCGCUCCUUUCACCGGUGAGCUUCCCUGCAAUCUUACGCCCACCAUGCAAGCCCACGAAAUCGUCAACAUGUUAGGCGAACCCGACCGCAAAGGAGGAGGCGGCAAAUUACGCGUGCCUUGCUGGAUAGAAUAUCAGUUUGAAGACAACCAGGGCGGUCUACUGAUCCAGCUCCAUGGAAUCGAUUGGGAUGAUCGCGAAAUGGGCUGGACCAGCCUUGCUCUGUUUUAAAACGAUAUGAGCCUUGCCCUUGUUUUAAGGCGUUAUGAGGAUCAGCUAUUUUCAGUGGAUGUUUACGGGACACCAGCAAAACUUUUAGCUGAUGGAUACUGCUAGAACUUGGAGGAAAAAGGCAGGCCAUUCCUAUCUUCCAUAUCGUCCGUAGUCAGAAUCUUAGAACAUAUCACUUGAUUGUAAAUACAUGGACAUAGACGACGACUGGGGCGAUGAUACAACAUGCUCUUGGAUUUUUGUCCAAUAUCGAUCAUAUAAACAAGUCAUGAAGAGGUGCAAUGAUAUGACUUUCCCUAUUUCAACAUGUGGAAAAAAGUGUAAUAGUCAAGGCAGGCUUAAACCGACAAUAAAGAUAAGGGGAAAAGAACUGUAGGAAGC